CCAAGCUAUCAUGAGUUGCGGGUUCCACUACUUGAGAAAGCAAAGAAAGAGACAGACAAGCUAAGGGAAAGACACGAAAAAGCUUGGAGGCAGUAUGGAUGUACACUAAUGUCUGAUGGAUGGUCAGAUAAGAGGGGGAGACACUUGAUUAAUUUCCUUGUAAACAGUCCAGAGGGGACCUUUUUCCUCAAAUCAGUUGAUGUUUCAAGUGAAAUUCAGGAUGCUGUUAUGUUGGCAAAUCUGUUUGAAAAACAGAUUGAUGAGAUUGGAAGAGACAUUGUUGUUCAGGUUGUGACAGACAAUGGUGCUAAUUUUAAAGCCGCGGGAGGAUUAUUAUGUCGCCGUAUUCCUACACUUUAUUGGACUCCUUGUGCCGCACACUGCUUAGACCUAAUGUUAGAGGAUAUUGCCAAGUUGAAGGAGUUUGAUUCAACCAUCACACAUGGCAGAAAUAUAACCACCUUUGUGUAUAGGCAUGGUCGACUCUUAAGUGCAAUGAGGGAGAAGACAUUAGGGAGAGACCUUGUGAGAACAGCAGCUACAAGAUUUGCUACGGCUUUCCUCACACUACAAAGUUUACACAAAAAUAGGGAGGCCUUGAGAGCAUUGUUUGGUGGUGUAGAGUGGUUCAAUUCUAAGUUGGCUAAAACUGUUGUCGGAGGAAAAGUGCAUGAUGCUGCUCUUUCAACAAGGUUUUGGAAUAAUGUUGAGGAUUGUAUUAGAGCAUCACAAUCACUCUUAGUUGUAUUGAGGAUUGUUGACGGGGAUGAAAAACCGGCUAUGGCGGAGAUUUGUGCUUCAAUGGAUUAUGCCAAGACUAGGAUCAAAGAUGCACUUGAUAAAAAACCAAGACUUCAAAAAAAAGUCUUAGGAAUUAUUGAGAGGCGAUGGGAGACUCAAAUGGAAGUGGAAUUAUAUGGAGCUGCUUUGUUUCUUAAUCCCGGAAGAUAUUUUGAAAUCAAAGAAAAUGAUCAUGCAUAUGCUUCAAAAUUGAGGAUGAAGUUCAAUGAUGUUCUUGAAAGGAUGGUGCUUGACAUAAGUUUGGUGGAAAAGAUAAGUGACCAAGCCGAUCAAUAUGAUAAUUCAAGAAAUUCAUUUGGAAAGCAAUUAUCAAUUCGGCAAAGGAAAUCUAAGAGUCCACUUGAUUGGUGGGCUGCUUUUGGUGGCAAUACUAUUGAGCUAACAAUGUUUGCUAAAAGAGUUGUUGGCCUAUGUUGUUCCUCAUCCGGUUGCGAACGUAAUUGGAGCACCUUCGAGUUUAUUCACACCAAGAAAAGGAAUAGAUUGGAGCAUCAACGUUUGAAUGAUUUGGUGUAUAUACAAUACAACCGAAAAAUUGCAACAAGAUUCCAAAAGAGGCGUGAAGAUGGUAGGAAUUUUGAUCCUUUGCUUCUAGAUGAUUUUCAAUGGGAUAAUGAGUGGGUAAAUGGAGAAGUUGUUGAUCCCGGGGAUGAGGAGUUAUGGAUGGGUGUUGAUAGAGCAUUGGAUGCAACGGAAGGUAUGGAAGGACGUCGUAAUCCUCGAAGAGGUGGCACUGAGUUAAGUACUUAUAAUAGACGUGGGCGUGCUUCUACUUCACUUGUAGAUGAGGAUAAUGACAUAGAGGAAGAUCACAUUCCUAUCAUUUUAAAUGAUGAUGAGAACGUCGAUGAUGAUUAUGGACAAAGGCCAAGAACUUCUACUCGCGAAGAUGCUACUGAUUCGAAUACAAAUGAAGUCUUUGACCUUGAUGAUUAUGUUUAAUUAAUUGACUGCAUUGUUGUGUUUUUAUCUUGCUUUCUUUUAGGUCUUCUAGACUGUUACUAUGCACUUGUUAUUUUGCAUUCCACUUGCUGAACUAUUUAAAUUUCUGCCCAGUUUUUACAGUUCUGCAGUUCUACUUACUGUCCACUGCCUACAUUUUCUGCAAUUCUUUGUUUUUCUAUGUCCAGAUUGUGUAUUCUGUUUCUCUGCCUACUGUUUUCUGCUGGCCAGGUAUGUAUUCUGCAUCUCUGUCUUAGUUUACUUUGCUUCUUAUAAUCCUAUUUGUGCAGUCAAUUGUGUGUAGAAGUGUAGAAUAUGUAGAUAUAUAUAAAAUUACUAAUUUUAUACUUUGUCGACUAGUGUCGACUAGUCUACGACUAGUCACGACUAGUCACGACUCGACUUGCCGGACACUCCGGUCGACUCGACUCGACUUACCGACGUAACAACCAUGC